AUGAAUCCCUUUGCACGGUUGAAUCCAACCCAGGGCCCUGCCUAUAAGUAUUCAAAUGACCAAUUUUUCUCUACAUAUCCAGACGUUGAGACCGGUCACCCCGCAGGAUCGCGGGAUCAGCUGCGUGAAUCCACCCGGUCAGCCGCAACCAUCAACGACAGACCAGCAAGUCCAGCCUCCGGUGCCACAUACAGCAGCGACAUGAGUCUUAAGGAUAUUUCGGACUAUCCAUUGGAAAUGAACAGCGACUCAGAUGAUGCAUCUGUGAUUUCUGACGAAUCCGACGAAACAUCUGCCACAGACGACACAGAAAGCAUGGAGACUGAGAUUGAGGCCGAGCGUCAACAGCCGCAGCUGAAUCAGGCCUCUUUCCGACAACAGAAUGCUUGUCCUUACCAUCGCGAUUCCAGCCAUGGGCCUUAUUCUCGCCUUGAUGAACGACAAUGA